AUGAAUCGUCCGUCUCGCACAGAUGAACCCUAUGAAGGGGAGGGUUACAACCAGAGCCCGAACGCUCUGUCAAAUGAUCUAACUACCAACGAGGACCUCAACGGAAUUGUGAAUGCCAGGGCCCUGGAGCCGGGGGAGGACGACAAGGGGCUCUCGCUCGGGGAUUCGGGGACGGGCGACGGGGAUAUAUCACAGUCUUCCCACACGGACUGGGUCAAAGGCGGCUCCGGUCCUGCGGCUGCGGCCGCGACGGCCAAGUCUGAUGGGCUUGGUCUACCCGAGGGAGAGGAGGUCCACACGACCCCUCUCCCUACUCUUCCCUCACAUCAACUCCCUCUCGGAGAAGGAGGCAACUCGCCCAGGAUUCUUGAGGCCUUAUUCAACCGGGUGAAAAAGGCCGUUGUGAAGUUUGGCUCAUUCAUAGGACCGGGUUUCAUGAUUGCCGUUGCGUAUAUUGACCCGGGAAAUUAUUCCACAGAUGUCGCAGCAGGAGCAAGCUACCGCUUCAGGCUGCUCUUUGUGGUACUCUUGUCCAACCUUUUUGCAAUCUUCCUCCAGAGCCUCUGUAUCAAGCUCGGCACCGUCACUGGGCUCAACCUGGCCGAGGCAUGCCGGGCUUUCCUGCCGCGAUGGAUGAACUUCGUUCUCUACGUGUUUGCAGAGGUUGCCAUCAUUGCAACUGAUAUUGCCGAGGUGAUUGGCUUCGCGAUUGGCCUGAACCUCCUUGUGCCGGCCAUACCUCUCGUGGCAGGAUGCGCAAUCUCAAUCUUGGACGUCAUGAUCAUUCUCAUCUUUUACCGGCCACACGGUUCUAUGAGAGGUUUACGAAUCUUUGAGUACUUCAUCAUUGGCCUGGUGCUGGCAGUGGUCGUUUGCUUCUGUAUCCAGCUCUCACUCAUCAAGGAUACGCCUGUUGGAGAAGUUUUUCAGGGUUAUCUGCCAUCGCAUGCCGUAGUUGAAUCGCAAGGUUUAUAUCAAGCCUGCGGCAUUCUGGGCGCGACAGUCAUGCCGCACAGCCUCUAUCUCGGCUCCGGGAUCGUCCAAGCCCGUCUCCGCGAGUACGACACGAAGCACAACCUUCUGCCUCCGGAAAUGGACGAAAUCGAUCUGAACGGCGACAGCAUCGACAAGGGAUACUACGUACCCUCAGCCAAAGCAAUCAAGCACUCCCUCAAGACCUCGACCGCCGAGCUGAGCAUCUCGCUCUUCACCUUCGCCCUGUUUGUCAACUCGGCCAUCCUCAUCGUCGCGGGCGUUUCGUUGUACGGCAACCCAGAGGCGCCCGACGCGGACAUUUUUAGCAUCCACCAGCUCCUUACGGACUCGAUUUCCAAAGCAGCGGGUACCAUUUUCGCCCUCGCAUUGCUUCUUUCUGGCGUAUCAGCUGGUAUCGUGUGCACAAUCGCCGGGCAGAUGGUCAGCGAGGGAGCCCUGAACUGGAAGGUCCGUCCAUGGCUGCGACGUCUGGCGACGCGGAGUAUCAGCGUCACGCCGAGCAUCAUCAUUGCAGGUGCCGUCGGCCAAAAAGGCGUCAGCGACGCGCUGAAUGCUUCGCAGGUGGUGCUCAGCGUCGUCUUGCCGUUUGUCACGGCGCCGUUGAUCUACUUCACCUGCCGGAACAAGUUCAUGACGGUUCGGGACGGCGGUGCUCGCUUCAGGAUGAGCACCGAUGAGGAAGAGUCAACGCCCGGCGGGGGAGAUGCUGUUGGGACGGUCAAGAUGGCGAAUUCGUGGUACACUGCCGGCCUUGCGGUCUUGGUUUGGGUCAUUAUGGCGGCGAUGAAUGUAGCUAAUCUGGUCCUGCUUGGGAAGGGUGGCUAA